UUAUAAAAGAAUCCUUAUAUAAAUCAGGGAGAGGGGGGCAAGGGGGGAAUCAAUCCCAUAUAUGAAGCACAGUUUAAGCCCCACAUCACUGACCAAUCAAAAUUAGUGAAUGCACUGCAUCUCUCUGCAGUGAAGGGAAGCGACAAGGUAGGCUGUCAUUCUGCAAAAGCUGCCCAUCGCAAGCUCGCCUCUCCGAAGCGCUGCUCUGCUUUUUUAGAAAGCCUGAAUCUCAGUGGUGUCUCUGGAGACGAGAAGCCUUCAGUAUGUUAAAUUACUUUCAUUAUGUAUUUUCAAAUGCUUAUUGAUUCUACAGUAGGAAGAGUGGGAGACUGCAGCAGCCUCUAAGCCAGAACUAAAGCAGUUGUACACAUUAGCAGUAUGCUGAAACAAUGGCACGCUACAGGCACAAAUUUUCAUUAAGGUCAUUUUUCGAGGAUGUGCUUUUCACCCUCUUUCCCUUCUUCUCUGCUAACAAGUGAACAAAAUGAAUCCCUCCAACCUGGAACUGCUUCACCUGCACCGAGAAUUUAUCAAACCUGUAGCGGAGGUAAGAUCUGUUCCUUAUUAUGGUAUGCAGAAUAAGCAGCAUUUAACAAAAACAGGGGGAAAAAAGAGAAAUGAGGAAGGUAUCAGAUUCAACUUGUAUUAAGCACUAGUAUCGUGUUGUAUUUGAGUCCGGGGAAUAUCUGAAUGCUAUUUCCCCAUCCCCAUUAAAAACACAGUCAUAGACAAAUGCUAUUUUGUAUGAAAGUCUUAUAGAAUAUCCAGAACCUGUUUUGUUCAUGCAACAUAAAGACAGUAUAAUUUAGGUUAGUAUAGGAAUGGGGGGAAAAAAAGCCACGGAAUACAACUGAGAAUAUUUCUUUCCUCCCUCAGCAGUAUUUCCAAAUAUUGGCAGUUAAAUACGUUCCAGAUUUAUUCAGUUGCUCUCUGAAGGAGCCGACAGUCUGUUAAUUGGUGCACACUUACAGUUUUAUGAAGGUCAAGUAAUAUGACUAAUCUCUGGCUUGCUCGUGAAAUCUCCCUUUUACUCCAUUUGUUUGGUUUUUCAGACUUAUUUCUUCCAUUAUCUCUUCCGAAAUCAAGUCACUUAUUAGAAACACUGAUUGCAGCACAUACAAUUUUAACAGUGUGCAAAUUAAAUAAAAAUGUAUUUCCUAUAAGUUUGUUGACUUUGCUCAAUUUCUCAUCAGCAGACAUGAGAGCUGCAUGUAUAAAGUAGCUGCUCCUAAGAGCUGUAGUGUCACAGACACUUUACAUCCAACAGUUACUGCUUCUAGUUGGGGUUUUCCUGCAACCUUCACUGUUUGGAGAAUAGGAGACUUGUCCAAAAAACUAAAUUCCUGCAAGUUAACAGAAACAUGAUAUGAUUUUACUAGGAAAUAGUGAACACAUUAACUGAUUGUAUAACUUGUAGGAUACAAUUCUAGACUUCAUUCACGAAAUAAGUUAUAUUACAAAACAUACGGUUGCAUUACUUUAUUUUGAAAUUCUACACCCUACUUUUAACUUUUUUUUUUCCUCCCCUUCACAAGGGCAUGCAGCAACUAAUUCAGUUUUACAACUGACAGUAUGAAGAACGCAGUUGGCCGGGUACCUUUCUAGCUGCGUGACCUACAAGCAGCAGGACACACCACUAACGUGUAUUCUUAAGGCAUAAAGGAAUCAGAAACAAAACAUGGAGCACACUCGUGUUACCAUUUACACGUCAACAAUACGUGUGGAAGACUGAAGCAUCUACCCAGAUUUCAUUAGAAGAAGAAUAUGAGCGAUUCUUAAAAUGGUGAGCAUUUCUUAAAGAGGGAUUUAUAAUUUAAAACCAGAACUGUGGAAACUACCGAUGCAUGAAGAAACGAUGAAACAUGAAUUCCCAAAAGGAGAAUAUGCAUUCUUCACCAGCAAGCUGCACAAGGGUUUAACCACGCUUUUUCUAUACUGCUCAUUAAAUAUCUUAUUUGCCAUAAUGACUAAUGGAUAUUUUUCUCUCAAUUUUACGAUCUGUUAUGUAUUCUCCUUAAAUGAAAACAAACCAAAUUAGGUAACUCAUGGUUACUCUCAAAGCACACGAACUGGAUUUUAUGAUGUACAGCAACUUCUUCGACUAAGCCAUCACUCAAAAGUCAUGAGCAGGAAUAUUACAGAAAGAAAUACGCAACUGUAACUAAAGGAUGUCUACAUACACUCUGAACACAGAAAGCAGAUAUUCUUCUUUUUUCUUUUUUAAACCUGGAAAAUAAAAGCAGGCUGCUACAAAAUGCAAGAGGGGAAAGAAAUUAACAUCACCUAAAAGGUUUGUCAUUGCUGGCCUGGAACUCGGCACAGACAAAAUAUCUCAGGCAACUGAGGAGUCCCCAUGUUUAAUCAAAAUUCUCUGCUGCUGAAGUGCUGGAGCAAAAAGAGGAAAAAAAAAUCUGCAAGGAAUGAAAUAAGAGCCCAGCGAGCACUUGGUUUCCAGGUGACAGUGCAUGUCAAAUAUCUGCUGGUGACACCAUGUUUCAAUUUAUGACAAGCUGCUACAAUGAGCUGAAAGACCCUUGAGGCGCAGGAAGCAGGUAGGUCACAGGCUGCGUGCCGCAGCCCCUGUUCUGCGUUGCACGGGAGCAGCACAGCAACGUACUCAGUAAAUUACCUCUGUCCUGGCAUUUAUACUCGUACUUAAAUGAAAUUAAUCAAUGCAACAAAGAGGUGAUGUUUAAUCUUCAAUUUGAUAGAUUUAGCUCACUCGAAGUUUUCUGUCUUCACAAAAAUGUCAGUGUAAGGUUACAGUUAAGAUUGUUGUAGGUUUGGGGUUGUUCAGGUUUUUUUUUUUUUGUUUUUGUUUUUGUUCUUAAAGCGAGAUCUGCUUUUGAUUGCCUCCUGGAUUUUACUAAUACAAAAAUGCUCAAUGUAUCAAGUAAUGCAUUUGGAUCGGUUCUUGAAACACAGUCAAAGCCAGGACAACACACACAGAGAAAAUAAUGUUCCUGAGGUUUAAUGUAAACCCAUCAGAAUUUGCCUAAACUGGAAAUUAAACAAAGCUUUUGAAAUAUUUGUUUCAUUUCACAUGAGUCUCAUAUGUUCUCAUUUACAUCUUUUGUAUUUGAGAGGUAAAUGUGAAAUAACUGCUGAAGCAUACCAAGAAUUUUCAUCAUACAAUAUGCAAUUAAUAGUAUUGUGCAACUGAGGCUUUUCAGAACUGCAGAUGAAUUUCAUUUGCAUACCAUAUCCCAAGUGUGCUCAAUUCAUACUUUCAUUAAAAAAAGCAGCUCAUUUUUGUUCACCUUAGUGCUAUCCAUUUUUAAUGUAUUCAGAGUGGAACAAAGGUCUGCAUUUAAAUUUCAUUUCAUGCCAAGUACUUCCCCUCUUAAAUUUGAAACUACUUAUAAAAAACUCUCAAGUAGCACAACAAGAAACAGAAUGAUCUCUUAUUUAUUCAUCUCAUUACAGCCUCUAGAGCUGGCUGACAAUGCAAGCAAUACGCACGCCAGGUAUUAACGCAGAUGCUCUGCUUACAACCUGCCGGUGUGUGGAAAACAAAGCACGUGCAGCCACAAAAUGAAAAUCCUAUAUGUAAUAAACGCUACUUUUUUGAGCCUCGCUUACUCCUAGGAUAAAUACAUUAUGUAUACAAAUCUGUUGGAUUUAAUUUCAGGAUGUAAAAAGUCUGGAAGAGACGAUUUAAUAUUUCAGUACUACUUUAUAAAACUAUUGCCUUAAAUCUAUUCUGGAAUAAAAUUUUUGUAAUUCAUUUUUGUAAUAAAUUCCAUUACCCCAAACCUAUGUAAGCUUUACAGUGGAAAUCAGACAUACUUAUACGAGCUCUUUGUAGUGACAGGUUUUAUACACGUAGAUGCACACAAGAUAAAAGUGAACAGAAAUCUUCAAGUUCUAUAAAAAUCUGUUUAAUUGCAGAACUUCAAGUCUCAGUCUAUAACACUCUUACAAAGUCUUCAUCAGGAGGCUGCUAAAUUGCCAUAAAAUAUUUUAAAUGUUCUUUUUAUGAUACAUCAGCAACAGUGCUCUAAGUUCCUAUCACUUUCUUUUUUUCCCCCACAAGAACCUUUUUAAAACGAUCUUGAGUACUAAUUUGUUAAUACUUAACAUUCUGCUGAAAUAGCACUCAGCACAAUACAAAGGCAAAGCCCAAGUAUAGUUUAUUCAACAAAUGGCCCUUUUGUAAAGGCCACAUCACUAUAAAUAAAGCCUUGUCUCUCCUGAGUGGAAGCUUUUCACCUUUUCUUUUUUUAAAACAAAUCUUGCUUUCCUUUAAAAAGGAAAGACCUUAUUCUAGAUCCUAAAGCUUUUGGGUCCAUGCCAAAUACAGCUCUAAACACACAGUAAAUUAAGAGUUGGUUAGGAAUGGAUGCUUUUCCUCUCUCCUCCUUUCCUAUCAUUUUUCUAAAAUAACAAAAAAUGUUAAAAAAAGAAACCAAGUAGUUCCGUGUUUAUUUCACUUUUCAGGAGAAAAAGCAACUGCAACAAAAGAAUGUGUUUCUCUCCCAUUCUGGAAGGCAACAUGCAGUUUGAAUCUAACUUCACAUUUCGAGAUGCCAUUGAUGACAUCGACACCAACAUGUACCGACCACUGUCAUAUGCAUUAAGCUUUCAAGUGUCUCUCACUGGAUUUUUGAUGUUAGAAAUUGUUUUGGGACUUGGCAGCAACCUCACCGUGCUGGUACUUUACUGUAUGAAAUCCAACUUAAUCAAUUCUGUCAGUAACAUAAUUACAAUGAACCUUCACGUACUUGAUGUAAUAAUUUGUGUGGGAUGUAUUCCUCUAACUAUAGUUAUCCUUCUGCUUUCACUGGAGAGUAACACUGCUCUGAUCUGCUGCUUCCACGAGGCUUGUGUCUCUUUUGCAAGCGUUUCAACCGCAAUCAAUGUAUUUGCUAUCACUCUGGACCGAUACGACAUCUCUGUCAAACCUGCCAACCGAAUUCUGACCAUGGGAAGGGCUGUGAUAUUAAUGACAUCAAUAUGGAUCAUUUCGCUUUUUGCCUUCCUGAUUCCUUUCAUUGAAGUCAAUUUCUUCAGUCUUCAAAGUGCAAGUACUUGGGAGAACAAGACACUGCUGUGUGUCAGCGCAAACGAGUACCACACCGAGCUAGGGAUGUACUACCACCUCCUCGUCCAGAUCCCCAUCUUCUUCUUCACCGUGGUAGUGAUGCUAAUCACAUACACCAAAAUACUCCAGGCUCUUAACAUCCGAAUUGGCACAAGAUUUACAACGGGACAAAAGAAGAAAGCUCGAAAGAAAAAAACUAUUUCUCUCACCACUCAACAUGAGACCACGGACAUGUCGCAGAGCAGCGCAGGAAGAAACGUGGUCUUUGGUGUAAGGACUUCCGUGUCCGUGAUCAUCGCCCUGCGCCGAGCUGUGAAGCGGCACCGGGAGCGACGAGAGCGGCAGAAGAGAGUCUUCAGAAUGUCCCUCCUGAUCAUUUCCACCUUUCUGCUCUGCUGGACACCCAUCUCUGUUCUAAACACCACAAUCUUGUGUUUGGGCCCAAGUGACCUUUUGGUAAAGUUACGCUUAUGUUUUCUAGUCAUGGCAUACGGAACAACUAUUUUUCACCCUCUACUUUAUGCAUUCACAAGGCAAAAAUUUCAGAAAGUUCUGAAAAGUAAGAUGAAAAAACGAGUUGUUUCAAUCGUGGAAGCAGAUCCCAUGCCAAAUAACGCAGUCAUACACAACUCAUGGAUAGAGCCUAAAAGGAACAAAAAGAUCACCUUCGAAGACAACGAAGUAAGGCAGAAAUGUUUAGUACCUCAGGUUGUCACUGACUAGACUUCAGUAUUCACCAAAAUACAUUGAGAGGAACAUUUGAACAAAUUGUAGAAAAAUACUGCCAAAUAAGAAAAACAUUUUUUAACUAUUGGCUAGACUGUACAUUUUCCAGUAUCUGUGUUAAAUAGAGUAGGUCUUGUAUAUUCAAUUUCUUCAUUAUGUAAGAUAUCUGUUGCAUGGCCGUUUGUUAGCGUAACACCAUGUGUAUAUUUGUCAGAAAUAUUCAAGUCCUCUUUUUUAGAAAAUAAAUAGCCUUAAAGAAGUGCAAACUUUUAAAAUAUUUGUAUGGCUCAGUUUCUCUGUAAAUAUAAAAUAAUUUUUAAACAAGAUUUUCACUCGGAAAUCUUUCAUUUUCUAAAGCACAAAUUCAACUUUUGCAUGGUAUAUUUUUAAAUUGAGUUCAUAAACAUUGAUCAGAGAUAUUCUGAUCGCUAUACAGCUACAAUUUAGGCACAUUUUAAUCUCAUAUUCGGAUAUGCACUUAUUUACUUAUUUCAAAUUUCUCCAGCAUCCAAUCCAGCAUGCUCUUCAAUUAACGAUUCAGAACCAGUUAUUUUUUAUUUGAAUCACAUUGGUUGAAAGACUUCUAAGAAAAGAGGAGAAAAAAGUUCUUGCA